CAUUGUACACGUCUUAUAAAUAAAUAUGUGGUCCUCCUCUUCUUGAAACACGUCCACGCGACAUUCGAAUCACAUAUAAAAAAUCGUAUUAGGUACAUGACAUUAAUUAUUUUCUAAAGUGGAGUGGGCAGAUAGCUAAAAAUAUGGCAGGAAAAUUCGGUGGCUACGAAGACGAGGAGGAGGAUGUCUUGGCUCCUAAAGAGCCACAAGUUACUUCACAAGAUCCUAUUGAAAGAAAGGCUGCAAGAGCUCUACGUAUUAAGAAAAGACAGGAAGCUUUAAAACGAGCUGAACAGACAUCUGAGGAAACAUUCAAAGAGGAGGAGCCUGGACCCAUAGAGCAGGCAACGUCUUUAGCAGCAGAAGAACUACAGCGUUUAGCUUUAGAUGGUGCGGCUAAAGUGACUAACGUGAAAGUCACCACUGAUGAACGGGAGGUCAUUCGGCGAGCUCUCUUCUCUAAGAGAAUGUUAACAUCUGUUGGGAAAAUUGAAGCUGAAGCAAAUGAAGCCCAAAUACAAUAUGAAGCCAUUGCUGCUAACUGGGACGAAAUGCUAAAGAUAAGGGAUCCUCUGGACAUUGAUGCGGCGAUAAAAGAACAAAAACAGAGAUGUGAUGAACUAUUGGAGCAGAAGAACAAUCUCAUUGCUGACUUAAAGCUAGAACUUAAAAGAAUGGACGAGAGUUAUUAUGAAGACUUGGAAAAACAAGAUAAUGAUAUAAAAGAACUUUCGGAAAGAAUUGAGAAACAGAUAACCAUAAUGCAGAGAGCUUAUGAAAAACAAUUGGCUUUAAUUGAACACGCAAUAAAUAUAGAGCGUGAUUCAAUGGUUGAUCAUAACAACAAAAGAUGGGAAGCUCUCUACAAGCAAAGAGACAAAGAAGAAGUAGCACACAUGGAAUUUAAAUUUGAACAGCUGGAAGAUUACAAACAAGAAGUGGAGGCCAUCAUGUGGGACCACCAUGCAAAAUAUCGUGAAGCAAAAAUUGAACUUGAGUCGUUAAUUCAAGAAUUACAAAAAGAACUGGAAAAAUUAAAAGCUACUUGUCUUAUCAACACGGAGAAAAUAGGAUACAAUUAUCAAGUACUGAAAAAACGGGAAGAAGAAAACGUUUUCGUCAGAUCGCAACAAAAACGAAAACUGAAUAAAAUGUCCGAUGUCGCAAAUACUCUUCGUGCUAAAAUACGAAAGGCCGCAGAAGACGGCGCUAUCGAAGAGAUAAGAGCAGAUGCUGAGGUAGUUAAGCUCAUGCAAGCGAUGGACGACUUGGAAAAAAAGUCCCGUCACUUCUCUCAUGUCAAUAAUUAUAAAUUCAACCAAGUAUGGCGUAUGAACGCGGCACAGUGUUUGGAACUAUCGAAACAGCUGCGGCAGGCUGAGGUCGCUUUGCAUGCGCAUAUCCUCGCAGAACCUCCGCCGCCUCCUCCACCACCACCACCUAAAAGUCCUCUAGCGAGAAAUGAGUCGAAUCAAAUCACUCCACAACCAGCAUUAGAUACGAAUAGUGUGGAUCCAAAGAAUACAGUUUCUAAGGAGGCAAAGGAUCGACUGGUACGUCACAUACUCCAAAUGGUCGCUGAUAACACUGGAUUUUUGGUGGAGGAUCGUCUUUUAAAAUUGAUAGAAAAAUAUCAAUUAACCUCUAGAAAUUUGUGUACUUUGGAUUCAAUAUUCAUGGCACUCGAAAUCCAAGCCGAAGAAGACAUUGAAUUAUUAUGUAAAGUAUUUUUGAAUUACGCAUUUUGCCCCAUCUGUGUUGGAUUUGAAACAACUUCUGAAGUAAUGGAGCCUUUAGCGGUGGAUGCCCACGAAGAAGUUUCUCAACACGCAAGUAUGAGUAUCAAAAGCGUACGCGGUGAUAGAUCCUCGAUGAGACAACGUUCAAGCUGCAGAAGUGCUUCCGCCAGCACUUCUCGUUCUAUUGGCUUUAGGACAAACGAGCUAACACCUGAUGAUCAACUUUUGAUAGCUGAAGCGGAUCAAAUUCUACAAAAAUGCGGCGAUCCCAAAAGUAAUAUUCCAAUAAUUGAAGUGUCUUCAGACGCGGGAGGGUCAGCCCGGCGCGGGGGCACGCGCGGCGUCACCGUCGCCUCUCAACCCACACUCGUAUCCGCUAAAAAACAAACUAACCCAUUUUUAUGUCCAUUGGGUCAUUUUUUAGAAAUAGAACCAAUGCAAGUGUUGACUGCUCUCAAUGAAUACAUGUCAAUUUUCGUUCCACCUGAAAAGAAAAAGCUGUAUGAAAUCUUAGACAAUUUAAAACCUCCUGAUUUUUCCACUUCUUCAAGAAAAUUAUCCACAGAUGAAAUAGAACAAUAUUGGGCACAGUGGAAAAAUAUAUUUUCAUCGGAAAAAGAUCGUUUUUGGGAUGGUCUCCUAACAGGACUGAAUAAUUACUUAAAAAUUUUACAGGAACGUGAGCACAUACACGAUGAAGUUUUACGAUUACGUCAAAAGAACGCCGCACUGCGUCGAUUGGUGCGUGGCGCUUUACCCAAGUUGCCGUCAUCACAGCCGCGAUAUAUGCAACGAGCUUUGCCUUCUUUCACUGCAGCAACUGAAGACAUUACACAUUUAUCAACAUUACCACCUAUUUGAUCAUUUCAGCUUUUUCCGGAAUUAUGUUUAUGCUACAAUUAUUUAUUGAAUAUAAUGUGUGUA